AUGACUGGCUUGUCCAUCUGCAGACUCAAAAUUGCCGCAUAUCACCGCCCACUCUCCUUGCUCAAGAACAAGUUGGAAAACAUUGACCAAGGUGUGAAGCAUUUGCCCGAAGGCCACGAUAAUGUCAAUGUUACUUUUUUCGCGGAAGGUUCCUUCAACAAGUUAUAUAGCGUCUCUUCGCCACACAUACCACAGCACUACCUCAUACGUGUAGCAUUACCAGUGGAUCCCUUUUUCAAACAGAGAAUGUCUUUUGAGGUAAAGGCAAGCUUGACGACAGAGAUCUGUGGCUACCUCGAAAGUCUUCAGGGCCUUCAAUUUACACAGAUUGGAAGUCUAUAUUUUUCUUCAGUUCGCGAACCAGUCGGCACCAGAGAUAUCGGUGACGCGCUGGAGGCUAUACCAACCAAUACUACGGUUGACUGUGGCAUUGGAACUGACUUUGUGAUCGGGCGAGUUGUCUCCCCUUGGUUUUUCAGAGACAAGCGCCUAUAUCUCUCUGCCGUUCGUGGCCCUUUCCAAUCCUCGUAUCAAUUCAUGAUGGCGAAAACACGGAUGUAG